AUUGGUUGAAGUGACCAAUCGGUUGAAGUUUUGUCGGGGGUGCACAACUUGGGACACUGGAUAAUUGAAAUCGCACGACAUUCUUCAAUUCAAUGCUGUGCAAAUCGUUUCGAUCAUUAUAAGAACUCCGAGUGAUCUCAUCAGAGUAGUGUAUUCAGCUAAUUUCUUCAGCCUCUAGCCAUGUUAUUCGUGAUUGUUCUGGCAGUGUCUCUCCUGGCAAACAUGACACCGACUCAUGAAACCGGCGAUUUCAUGUACAAUGGUUUCUGGUCUGCAAAUCUGAGUCUCGAUGGUUUAGCUGCACUCACUGGCAAUGGCCUCCUGAAGUUAACCAGUGUGAACCAACAGGACAAGAGUCAUGCCUUCUACCCAGACCCCAUCAUGUUCAAGAAUUCAUCCGAUGGCGCUGUUCACUCAUUCUCCACCACAUUCGUCUUCGCUACAAUUGCUGAAGAUCCAGCUCUGGCUGGGCCCGGGUUCACCUUUGUGAUAGCUCCUCGUAGAGAAUUUCCUGGAGAUUGGCCUGGUUAUUUAUUUGGUCUCUUCAACAUGACAAACUACGGCAAUUCCUCGAACCAUAUUUUCGUGGUGGAAUUUGACACGAUUCAAAACAUCGAAGUCCAGGAUAUCGAUGACAACCAUCUCGGGAUCGAUGUCAAUGGGCUGGUCUCUUUAAAUUCUUCCCCUGCUGGAUACACUGAAAACAACAUUCCAGGCUUCAGAAACUUGAGUCUGAUUAGUGGUAAAGCAAUGCAAGUUUGGGUGGAUUAUGAUGGUGUGCAGAAACAAAUCAGGGUCACAUUAGCUCCGGUCAAUGUCGACAAACCGAACACUCCCCUUUUGUCUCUGUCCUUCAAUCUCUCGCCGAUCUUCAAGGAGACCAUGUACGUUGGGUUCUCUUCCUCAACCGGUGCGCUCUCAACUUCUCAUUAUAUCCUCGGAUGGAGCUUUCAGGUAAAUGGACAAGCUCAUAGGCUUGAUUUGUCUCAACUUCCUAGAUUACCCCAUAUGAAAAAGAAGCAGAAAUCCGUUCUUCUCACUACAGGAUUGCCUUUCAUAUGCUUGUUCUUUCUGUCAAUACUAGUCUUUGCUAUGGCUUAUGCGAUUAGAAAAAGAAGAAAAUUCGCAGAGGUUCUUGAAGAUUGGGAGCGUGACUUCAGUCCGCAUCGGUUCAAAUACACAGAUCUCUAUGUUGCCACAAAGGGGUUCAGAGAUCAGGAGCUACUAGGAGCUGGUGGAUUUGGUAGGGUUUAUAGAGGAGUAUUACCCACCUCGAAAAUUGAGAUUGCAGUGAAAAGGGUUUCUCAUGAAUCGAGGCAAGGGAUGAGACAGUUCAUUGCCGAGAUUGUUAGUAUUGGUCGGCUUCGUCAUCGGAACAUUGUGACACUUCUCGGAUACUGCCGUCGGAAAGGUGAAUUGCUGUUGGUUUAUGACUACAUGCCAAAUGGAAGCCUAGACAAGUACCUCUAUAACCAACCAAAGGUGACCCUCAAUUGGAGUCAAAGAUUUAGAGUGAUCAAAGGUGUUGCAUAUGGCCUCUAUUAUCUCCAUGAAGGAUGGGAACAAGUAGUGAUUCACAGGGACAUCAAAGCUAGCAACAUCUUGUUAGAUUUAGAACUAAAUGGGAGGCUAGGAGAUUUCGGGCUUGCAAAACUAUAUGAUCAUGGCACCGAUCCCCAAUCCACCCAUGUGGUGGGAACUCUUGGGUAUAUGGCCCCCGAGAACACUCGAACGGCCAGGGCCACUACGAGCACUGAUGUUUAUGCAUUUGGUGCAUUUUUGCUCGAGGUCGCCUGUGGAAGAAGACCGAUUGAGGUUCAGGAGGAGGAGGAUGUGAUAUUGGUGGAAUGGGUGUUUUCUUGCUGGGAUAAGGGUGACAUACUGGAGGCGAGAGAUCCGAACUUAGAGACGGACUUUGUGGCGAAGGAGGUGGAGCUAGUGUUGCAACUUGGAUUGUUGUGCUCCCAGUCUCAGCCAACUGCGAGACCAUGCAUGCGUCAAGUAGUGCAGUACUUGGAAGGGGAUCUCAUAUUAGAGGAGUUAUCAUCUCUCGGUAUUUAAAGUGGAUUGCAAUUUGCAUAUCAUGAAAGAUUUAGUAAGUCUAUCAUGUCUGAUCCAUCUUCAUCAGUCAAGGCAUUUUCACAAAUAUCGUCUGUCGCAAAUUCUCCUCUCUCUGGUGGAAGAUGAGUCUGAAGCUUGUUAUAUAAAUUAAAAGCACAUUUCAUAGAUCGAAGUAAUUGUCAAACUAGCGUUCUUAUGCAUCAAGUAUUCGUAGUUUGCAAAUCUGUGAGUAUAUGUAAACUGUAAUUUAAGAUUCUAUGGAUCAGACCAAUUUCUGCAGUAUAUUCUUACAUGUUCUUGGGAAUGUCUGCAUUAACUUAAAUUGCCUCCUUUGGCUUUCCUUUU